AUUUCUUCUCUUUCUAGGUAGUUAGUUUGGAUUUCUAGGAUAUUCUCGUGUCGAGAAAUCCAUAUCUUACAGAUCUCGUCAUCAUAGACCGAAGCUGACAAAAGACAAGGGGACAUAUUCCAGAUUCUCAGCCUGUAUGUAAAAAAGACUGGUUUCUUCGGUGUUCUUGAAACAGCAGCAAGAAAUGGCAACCACAGUUCUAAGUGUGAGCGUUCCAGCGAAGAAUGAUUUCCAGCAUCCUGUCGAAGAUCAGCAACCAGAACUGGAGUACUGCGUCAAUGACAGUCCUCCGUGGGGUUAUGAAUUUUGCAUUUCAUUUGGUUCUUGUUCCUGCUGACAGUAGUUUUAUCUUCUUUUUCUAGUCGAAACAUCGUUUCUGGCUUUCCAACACUACCUCACGAUGCUCGGAACGACUGUAGUAAUUCCAAGCAUCAUGGUCGACGCAAUCGGAGGCGACGAUCGACACAGGACUCUAGUUAUUCAAGCGUUGCUCUUCGUCAGCGGCCUGACUACGCUCGGUCAGACUUUCUUUGGGACGAGGCUCCCGGCAGUGAUUGGAGGAUCCUACGCCUUUAUGAUUCCGACGCUGACAAUUAUCAAUUCCCCGAAACUGCUUAGCAUCUAUGAUUCCGAGGAGAGAUUUCUUCAAACCAUACGUGCAAUUCAAGGUGCUCUUAUUUGCGCUUCCAGCAUUCAAAUAGCUCUGGGAUUUAGUGGCGUGUGGGGUGUAUUUUCAAGGUUUAUGUGCCCCAUGACAAUAGCUCCUGUUAUUAUGAUGACUGGUCUAGGAAUUUACGAGUAUGGAUUUCCCGGGGUUGGAAAAUGCGUGCAAAUUGGACUUCCUCAGCUGGCAUUGAUACUCAUGCUUUCACAAUACUUGAAAUCGGUGAAGCUGCGGCCUCAAGGAAUACCAGUGUUUGAGCGUUUUCCGAUUAUCUUUUCUAUGGCCUUAAUCUGGGCCUACGCGCAAGUUCUUACACUGAGUGGAGCUUAUCGACAUUCAAGCCCCUUGGGGCAGAUGCACUGUCGAACGGACCGUGCUAAUCUCAUCAGCUCAGCUCCAUGGGUCAGGGUUCCGUAUCCUUUGCAAUGGGGAACUCCAACGUUCAGUGCAAGUCAUGUGUUCGGGAUGAUGGCCGCGGUGCUUGUUUCUCUUGUUGAGUCUACGGGAACUUUUUAUGGUCUAUCGAGACUUUCGGGGGCGACGCCUCCACCGUCUCAUGUUUUGAGCCGUGGAAUAGGCUGGCAGGGAAUUGGGAUCAUGCUCUGUGGCAUGUUCGGGACCGCAACUGGUUGUACAGCUUUAGUGGAAAAUGCAGGUUUGAUUGGCCUAACAAGGGUUGGAAGCCGAAGAAUAGUUCAACUAUCAGCUAUCUUGAUGAUCUUCUUCUCGGUUUUCGGUAAAUUUGGUGCCAUCCUUGCUUCAAUCCCCGUACCACUGUUUGCAGCGGUCUAUUGCAUUCUGGCCGGGGUGUUAGCUUCGACCGGUUUCACCUUUCUCCAAUUUGCAAACUUAAGCUCCCGGAGGAAUCUCUUCAUAUUGGGAUUCUCGCUGUUCCUGGGACUGUCAGUUCCGCAGUACUUUCGAGAGUUCGCCGAUUCCGCAGGCCACGGUCCCGUGCACAGUGGAGCCAACUGGUUUGACGAUGCUCUCAACGUUACGUUCUCCUCCAACGCCGCAGUAACUCUCAUGGUGGCGGUUCUCCUCGACAACACGCUCGACAUUGGAGCGCCAAACGCAAAGAACCGCGGCCUGAAUUGGUGGAGCAAGUUCUACAACUUUGGGGACGACGUGAGGAGCGAAGAGUUUUACAAGCUGCCACUAAACCUCAACGAUUACUUCCCGCAAGCUUGAGAAAAAAAUCCAGGCAAGAACAUUGGGACGUGGCAACCACUGGUGUGCCUAUAAUGAUAAAGGCGCGACUUUGGUUGGAUUCCCGCCACGUAGCCGACGAAUAUGCCCCUCCAUGGAAGCCAGGUGCUUCCUCUUCGUCGCCCAAGAACUAAAGAGAUCUGUGUGUGCUGCAGUUAGAGGAUAGGGUUAGGGUUUGCGAUGCGCCUUCCAGUGGAUGGAGAAUUCCCGGAAGCCGAUGUCUAGAAUGAGGUAUAAUACCGAUCUCUUCUUUCUAC